GGAGGAGUGAAGUUUGGAUGCUUCGGUCGAGCUGGGCAGCCGCUUUUCUCUCGAAUUCAGCAUAAGUUCUCCGACCAAGUUUCACUGAAGAAGUCGUGGAAUAACUGGAACAGGAAUGGAUCAUUCGACAGCCCGGUUCUGCUGUGUACUGCUGAGCCUCUUUGCUGGUUUUGCCUGUGGUCUAGACAUUACGUCUACAGGGCCGACAUCCAUAGAGGCGGCCAGCGGCCAGAGUGUGAAGCUGGACUGCCAGUUCACUCUGGCCCCUGAAGAUUCUGGACCACUGGAUAUUGAAUGGAGCUUGCUGUCUUCUGACAACCAGAAAGAGGACAAAGUGGUGAUCCUGUACUCAGGUGACAGGGCGUACGAGGACUACUAUGCCCCCUUGAAGGGUCGAGUUCACUUCAACUUAGCCGACCCCAAGAAAGGCGACGCCUCCAUCAACCUGACGGCGCUGAAGGCAUCCGACUCAGGCACCUACCAGUGUAAGGUGAAGAAGGCGCCUGGUAUCCGCAGCAGGAAGAUGCUGCUGAUUGUCAUGGUGAAGCCAUCAAAGCCCAGGUGCUAUGCCGAAGGCCCCACACAGGAAGGCAAAAACAUUGUGCUGAGGUGCAUAUCUAGCGAGGGCACCAACCCCCUACAGUACAGCUGGGAAAAGACCACUGACACCAAGCUGCUGCCCGCCACCGCUGUGUUGGAUCCCGUGGGAGGCACCAUUAACGUGAGGAACGCAUCUGCUAGCGCAUCUGGCACCUACCGCUGCACUGCCUCCAACCGGAUUGGCAAAGAUGAUUGUAUACUGUAUCUCAAUGUGACACCUCCCCCCAACACUGCAGGCAUAGUCGCAGGAGCCAUAAUUGCUGUGCUACUGAUCCUCAUCAUUAUAGCAAUCAUCCUCUUCUGCUGUUGCCGUGCCCGUCACAGGAAGAAGUACGAGAAAGAAAUCUGCAACGAGAUAAGAGAGGAUGUGCCCCCUCCCAAGAGUCGUGUUUCAACGGCGCGCAGCUUCACCGUGGGCAGCCAGCGCUCCUCGCUGGGCUCCAUGUCGCCUUCCCACCUUAAUGAUUUCGCCAACAAGACCCAGUACGACAAGAUCCCCUCAUCUGAGGAGUACGAGAGGCCUCCGAGUCAAGUACCUCUGCCCCCGCCCACUGCUGCCAAGAUGCCCGGCCGCAACCUCAGCCGCAUGGGGGCCAUCCCUGUCAUGAUCCCUGCCCAGAACAGGGACGGCUCAAUCGUCUAGCCUGUCCUCUUCUCGAGAAGGGGGCAAAGGGGAGGGUUUGGAGGAAGAGAAUAGGACAAAAGCCAAUGAAGAGGGAGCAAAAGCUGGGAUGGGCUGACUUUUAGCUCUUCAUUAUUUACAAACGGGAGUAAACUCCUCUUAUGAAGGCCUGGCUCUGCUGUGGUGCUGAGAAGAGAGUUAUACUGGAAUCACAACAGAGCACAUGAACUUUUUUAAAAUACAAAAUAACCUUUUAUGAAUUUUACUUCUUGGACUUUCUCACUGAAAAAUGAAUUGGUGUGAAUACAAAGCAGAACGGUCAAUACACAAAUUAUAUUGUAUAUAAGUGAUUGCAUGUUUUUUUUUUUAUAUAUAUAUAGAUUGCCCUUGCUGUAGAGAUACUGUAUGUUCAAAAGAGAUCCAGGCCCCUAAUUGGCUAGCAGUGCAGCUGUAUGCAUGCAUGUAUGUAUAGAAUUGCAGCUGUAUGUGUGUGUGACUAUAUAUAAGUGUAUGUAUGUAUGUGAAUGGGAGUUUGGGAAAUGUAUACUUCAUUGUCUUUCAAUGCCUACAUAGCGAUAUGAUCAUUUUUCAGGCAAUCCGGUCAAACAGUUUCUGACAAAUUAGAUGUUCUGACCCAUUGGAAAAAUGCAAAGAUCGACUUAUUAGAAGAAAAUUCACAGAUUUGAAUUAAUCCUUCGACAGAGUUGAAAAAUCUAGGCCAGACGUUUUCUGUUGAACUGUUGUUGUUUGAAUUGUCCAGUCUGGGCUUGGAUGGGGGGCUGAAGUGGUCAGGAUUGGUUGGUGGUGAGGGGGAGGUUCAGGCCACCUCAUCUUGUGAUUGGGUGGAUUAGUGCUUCUUGACCAAGCUUAAAAAAAAACAAUAAAAGACCCCCAUCCCUCCUUCAGAGAUCUUAGGAGGAGGUAGUGGAUAGGGGAUAAGGGGGGCAGCUGGACAGCAAGGUUCACUGAGCAAUCAGCUUUGAUUGUGUUUGACUGUCAACAGACCCGUAACCCCUGUGACCACCAGAAUGUGUUGGCCUCCCCAAACACACACACACACACACACCAUAUUCGCAGGACAAGAGCGCAGAGUGUUAAUCAUCACUUGUAGUCACCCCCACAGAUGUCUGGCAUAUGUAAUCCUCCUUAUUUGCAGUUGCAUUACAAGGAGUCAAUAUCUUGAUUAACCUUCUCUCUGUGGUCAGUAUGAAACCUUUCAUGGCUUCUGUAGCUUUAAUUGGACUCUUUUAAUGAAGGAUGUGAAGCUUGUAUACAUGACCAAAGUGCCCACAAAGAGGAACAAAUGUGAAACGCCUUAGUAUGCUGAAUUGUUUAGUCAGUGCAAGUUGCCAUAGGCCAGCCCUUACAGUUAGCGGAUUAUUCUACUCUUAAACCAUGCCCCUUCUUCCAAAAUAAUUUCAAAGCCCAACAUGUGAUCUAAUUUAAAACAACCCAGUAUGAAAACUUGGAGUGGGCAAACUGUUUCUUUUUGCUGUGAUGCCUUAUUCCUUAUUUUAGCCUUAACGCACCUCCCCUGAGUUCACCUCUGUUCAGCCCUCACAGCUGGAUUUUAAUAACUUCUAUUGUGCCUUGUUGUCCCAGUUCAGUAAUGUCAUAGCACGUCCGCUGGUGUGCCGUGCUAUGUGCAGUAGCAUCAUCCUGAAGGGCCGUCAUAGCCCACAGCCACUAGAACAAUACAAUCAUCAGUACAGUUAUAGAUUUCUGUUGCUUCGAUCAGGUCAGGUCUAGAAUUUCCCACACCCACUCACCUCAUACAAAUUCCCCCAUAGCUUAUCUACACAUUAAUCACUGUCUUAAAGCUUUGAUUUAGCAUUCCAAAACAUUACAUCAUGUUUUGUUUUUUUUUGUUUUUUUUUUACAUUUAUUUAAAAUUAGGUAAACUGAUGUGAUUUUUUUUUUUUUAAAUAACAUAAAUGGUUCUGGCUGUAUGUAUAAAUAUCCUGUUGAAGUAACCCUAUCUAAUCACAACAGAGUCGGGAUGAUAUAAAAAUGAUUUUGUUUUUAUGUAUAUGUGAUGCUAUGCUGUGCUUGGCAAAUCUAAAUCUAAAACAGAAGAGGAGGGGCGGUGUGGGUCUUGUCAGUACAGUAAAUGCUCCCUAGAAUGAUUAAGGACAUUUCUGGCAUUGUGUGAGUGUGUGUACGUUGCUGUGUGUGAAUUGUAGGACCUAAAGGGAGGUGACAGUUGUAACAUCUUGCCUUGACUUCCUCUCAGAUUUGAUGUCACACCUAUUUUCUAACACCAAGGAAAGUGAGAUCUGGGUCCGCUUUGGACAAAGAAAUUAGAUCUGUCAGUUCCUCUUAGGUGUGUGUGUGUGUGUGUGUGUGUGUAUUGUACAUGAAGGAAGUUUGCUGCCAAGAUUGGCCCCUGUAGAAUUCUAGCUGGAUUUCACCUGCUGACAAACUGUACAGGGCUCUUAAGGAGGUAGUCCUGUUACUGUCCCUCUAUGUGCUCAGUUCAUUAACUACGACUGCUAUUAACAAUAUUAACUGUAGCUUUGAAAUCAGCGUACUAAUACUGUAUGAAGAUCUCCUUUGAGGUUUGCACACUGUGUGAAAACCAAUUUUUCUUUUUGUGUGUAUUUUUGUGCUGUAUUUUUGAAUAAUAAAAGUCCACGGACUAAAGAAAAAUA